UGGUUCAGGUUUCUAGAUGGAGACGGAAGGGGAAGUUAAUAAUUGAAAUGUCUAUCACAUUUAGCAAAUCUACAUCAGAGUACCAGCAAACAACGUUCAGACUGUAUCCUUGCUCCUGAAAAUUUCGACCGGAAAACCUCCUGUAUUCGUAAGACUUAAGUUUAAAUCCUUGAAUCCUGUCCACUCCUUUCUUUGUUAACGUGCAAUAGUUGCAACGGGACGUCCGUGAUAAAGCAGAAAAUCAAUGACAUUUCCAUUAACAUGAAUUGUUUAAUAUGUUAAAGACUUGCUGUUUACUAGUGUUUUCUUACCUGGCAAUAUCUGGUUAUCAUAUCGGAGAGUCACGUUCUCAUUUGUACGAACAAAGGAGAUGCUAACUUGACCGAGACAGAUCAAUGUGUAUAAUAUCGAUAGCUCGUUUUCCAAAAGGGGAGAUAUUUAACUUUAUAUAUAGAAGUUAUCAAUUACUGUGGCUAGAAAUAGGAAAACACACAGUAGAAGAUGGCAACAACAAAAGGCAAAGCUGGAAUAAAUAAUGAAAGCAGUUCUGGUCGAGAUUGUGGCAAGACAGAAGCAGGCAGUCCCACCGCAGGGGCCGAAUCCCUGACCACCCACAGGACCUACAGUCUAGACGACCUGGACACUAUUGCCACUGUUGGUACAGGAACCUUUGGAAGGGUUUUUCUGGUGAAGGAUAAAAAGACAAGAGCUUUCUUUGCUCUGAAGGCGAUGAAGAUUCCUGACGUAAUCCGUCUGAAACAGGAACAACAUGUCCAUAAUGAGAAAGAGGUUUUGACAGAGGUGAACCAUCCUUUCCUCGUCAGACUGUUCUGGACACACCAUGAUGAUCGCUUCCUGUACAUGCUGAUGGAAUACAUUAAUGGCGGUGAACUCUUCAGAUAUUUACGCAGCCGAGGACGAUUCAGUAACAACACCGGACUAUUUUAUUCAGCGGAAAUUGUGUGUGCCAUUGAGUACCUUCACUCUAAAGAAAUUGUGUACAGAGACCUGAAACCAGAGAAUAUACUGCUGGACAGUGAGGGGCACAUUCGCCUGACAGAUUUUGGCUUUGCUAAAAAGCUCUCAGAAAGGACAUGGACUCUGUGUGGUACUCCUGAGUAUUUGGCUCCAGAAGUCAUACAGAGUAAAGGUCAUGGACGAGCAGUUGACUGGUGGGCUCUGGGUGUGCUCAUCUUUGAAAUGCUAGCAGGGUAUCCUCCAUUUUUUGAUGAUAAUCCCUUUGGCAUCUACCAGAAGAUUCUGGCAGGAAAGCUGGAGUUUCCGCGGCAUCUGGAUUUCUAUGUAAAGGACCUAAUUAAGAAGUUUCUGGUGAUUGACCGGGCAAGAAGGCUUGGGAACAUGAAGAAUGGAGCUGAUGAUGUGAAAAAGCACAGAUGGUUUAAGUCUAUAGAUUGGGAGUUUGUCCCCUGUAGAAGACUCAAGCCACCUAUACUUCCAAAGGUAUCUCACGAAGGUGACACGUCAAACUUUGAUACCUAUCCUGAGGAUGAGUGGAAGAAGGACAUGCCAGUACCAGCUAAGGAUCUGGAAAUUUUCAAGAACUUCUGAAAAUAAUUUCUUAAUGAGUAAAAAUACAAGGCUGGGAAAAAAAUUACAAAGAGCUGAAGUUUUAAGUUAAAGGUCAUGGUUUCAUCAAUAUAGGCAUGUCUUGCCUGCUUCCCUUAGAUGAUUCCAAAUCUGCAGACUAUGAAAACAAAUAUUGCCUUUCAGUGUGAGGACUGACUUCAACACUAUCACCAAUAUACUGUAUAUCAUGAUCAUCGUCAAACAAAUAUAGGGCAAACCCAAUUAUCACUUCAGCGUCUGCUAAAUAAUGAAUAACUUCAUUUUGUCUAUUUAUAUUAUGCAAAAAUAAUGUUUUUCAAUAUCAAGUUUAAAUCAGCAAUAACAAGGUUCUGUUCAAGGUUCCUUUUGCUGGUGAAGACAAUGUAUUUGCUUACCUGAAGUGUAUGGUCAUGUUUUUGUGAAGACUUUAUAGCUUGAAAAGCUUACUGAAUCUGCGCUUUUAGCCUGACAAUUGUUUUUUUCUUCUAGAAAAUAUUAUUUAUCUGAACUUGAUCCCCAAUCUUUUUACUGCAUAAAACUCAUAUAUGUUGUCUCUUUAUAUAUCAAAACAUAAGAAUCCAAAGAGCUUUCAAACAGAUUCCUGCCAGGAUCUUGGACUCAGAAUGCUAGGUAAAGUAGAGGUAGCACCUACCUAAUCAAGAUUUACCUCACAAAAACGUAUUGAUUACUUUAAUGAAUCAGCAUUAAUGUUUGGUUUUGGUUCAAAAACAUUGUCUGUAAGAUGCAUCUCGUUAUGUAUGCAUUUUCUAGUGGGUUAAAAUGCUUAAACACUUCAGAUUUAUUAAACCGUGCUUGUCUACGGUUGCCUUGCAUUUAUAAUGGGAUAAUUAGGACAAAGUUUACAUUAUUUAGUAUAAUGGAAUGGAAUUUAAAGGGAUAGUUCACCAUAAAAUAAAAUUCUCUCAUCAUUUACUCACCCUCUUGCCAUUCCAGAUAUGUAUGACUUUCUUUCUUCUGCAGAACACAAAUGAAGGUUAUUUGAAAAAUAUCUUGGCUCUGUAGGUCCAUACAAUGCAAGUGAAUGGGUUUCAAACUUUUGAAGCUUCAUAAGCACAUAAAGGCAGUAUAAAAGUAAUCCAUAAGACUCCAGUUGUUAAAUCCAUAUCUUCAGAAGCAAUAUUCAGUGUAGGUAUGUCCUUUUUUACUAUCAAUCUCCACUUUCACAUUCUUCUUCAUUUCUUUUUGGUGAUUUACAUUCUUUGUGCAUAUCGCCAACUAUGGGCAUGGAGGAGAAUUUCUAGUAAAAAAGGACUUCAAUAUUGAUCUGUUUCUCAAGUAUACCUAUUAUAUCACUUCUGAAGACAUGGAUUAAACCAAUUGAGUUUUAUGGAUUAGUUUAAUGCUGCCUAUAUGUGCUUUUUGAUGCCUCAAAAUUCACCAUUCACUUGCACUGUGAGGAUCUACAUAGUUGAGAUGGUUUCUUAAAAAUCUUAGUUUGUGUUCAGCAGAAGAAAGUAAGUCAUACACAUCUGGGAUGGCAUGAGGGUGAGUAAAUGAUGAGAGAAUUUUCAUUUUGGGGUGAACUAUUCCUUUAAAACUUUUGGCAUAUUCAAAGUCUUGCGUAAAGGGAUGAGAACUGACUAUUGCAUGAAAUGCUUUAAAACUGUUGCACCUGUGAUUUUGUUGUGUAUGUUUAAACCAAUUCUUCCUCUUUCCUAACCGCUCUCAUUUUCUUGACUGCAUUUGUCUGAAGCAGUGGUAUAACAUUGUAAUUUGUCUACUGAAAUUCAUUUCUUUGGGGUAAUUUCUUUAAAAGUUGGUCUUGUUAGAACACUGUUGAUUUUAAAUUGCAAAUGCAAUUUUAUACUAAGGAAACUAUCUUGCAGAUUUCAUAUGGACAAGUAUGAUCCUUUACAGCUGAUGCAUUGUCUGUCUUUUAUCAUCUAGAGUCAGUGGUACAUGUAAAGUGUUUUUUGUGAGAGUUUUUUCCUGAUGUUUGUGUCAUUGUAUCCUGUGUGAAUAAUUUUGCUGUAUUCUCAGUUUUUAGAAUUUUUUUACUGUUUUGAGAAAAGAUUAUAUUUUAUAUCAUUUGCAACAGCAAAAACAGAAAUGAAGUUCUAUGAACUUACAAAUCGACACAAAGCUAGCAUAGGAUUUUCAUACUGAUUUUUUUAAUUGUACUUUUUUUAGUUUAUUAGAAGGCACCUUUCCUUUCUGAACAUUGAUAGUAUUUAAGAUUGUGCAAGUGCAAUGUUCCCUGCAACCAUGAAAAUAAACUGAACUUUCCAUGUGGGCAAAACCUGUUAUAAUGUCUCUAACCAAACUUGUUGAGAACUUCAGUCUGAUGGCACCAGGCCAUACACUCCAAGUAGACUGAUUCACACAAGCCUCAGGGGCCUUUUAAUCUACAGGACAGGCUUACUGGACAUUAUUAAACCAUUUACUGUAAGAUUCAA